AUGGUUCGAUCCAACAAAUCGAAGAAUUACAAGGAUCCAAGGAUGGAACCGACGAAGCGGUUGAGAGCUAAUAUGCGCGAACGUCAACGAGUGUCCCAAAUGAACGAAAUGUUCGAUGUUCUCAUCAGUCUUCUACCACCAUCGGAAUUCAGACUUCGUCUUUCAAGAGCACAGGCAUUACGGUAG